GUUUGGCUUUUGUUCUGUUGCUUUUUAUUGUUUGUUGUCGGUCAUUUGUGUUAUUAUUGUUUUAAAUAAUGGACGAUAGGAAGGCAUUGAUUGCCUUAAAUGACGAAUUAAGUGCUGAUGAAGAUCCAAUCUUGCUCCCCAAGGAGGCAGGUCAAGCUUCCAAAGCUGUGCAGGAUUUCGGACGCUACCAAAGCGAAGAACCAUCAACUAGUGCCGCCGCAGGUAGAGUUGCGCCGCAUAUUUCGGGGAAUAACCACUUUUUGGAUGAUGAUCAGCCGCCGCUAUUGGGCGACAAUUCAUUGCCUCCCAAUAUUCCAAUUAAUGGAAGUGCAGGCAGCUCGAAUAGGAAUAUCAACAGCAGCGAGCCCAUCUUCCACCUAAGAUCCCGCACAGCAGCCGCAUCCACUCCCAAUUACGAGAGCUUGGACUACGAAGUAUGCGAGAACACGCUCUUCCAGGAUGAGCAGCGAAAAAGGCUAACAGAGCGCUUCUCCCUGCGCAAGGACAUCAUAAGAUGGAUCAUUUUUAUACAGAUUGGCAUUAUCACCGCACUGAUAGCCUGCACUAUAGAUAUUAUAAUCGAAGAGCUGUCGGAACGGAAGUACACCUUUCUCUACAAUUCUGUUAAGAAAAAUGUACCCCUAAGCGAUGCGGCCGAUGGAUCUGAUCUGCUGAUUCCCUAUCUUUACUGGCUUCUCUUCAGCAUUUUGCCCGUGGCCUUUGGAGCCGCCAUGGUCACCUACAUUGAGCCCAUAACCGCCGGCAGUGGUAUUCCACAGGUGAAGAGCUACCUGAACGGCGUUAAAAUACCGCGAAUCGUAAGAAUUAAAACGCUGGCUGUGAAGGCCAUCGGAGUAAUAACCUCAGUGGUGGGUGGGUUGGCCGGAGGAAAGGAGGGUCCAAUGAUACAUGCUGGAGCUGUGGUCGCCGCCGGAAUUUCACAGGGCAAAAGCACCACGUUUGUGAAGGAUUUUCGCAUAUUUAAGGCCUUUCGGGAUGAUCACGAGAAAAGAGAUUUCGUUCUUGGAGGCGGAGCUGCCGGCGUUUCAGCUGCUUUUGGAGCUCCCAUUGGAGGCAUGCUCUUUUCUUUGGAGGAAGCGGCCAGCUUUUGGAACCAGAAUCUUAUUUGGCGCACCUUGGUGGCCUCCAUUAUCAGUGUAUUCACCUUGAACAUCGUCUUAUCAGCUUACCAUGGCCUAAACGAUUUCACGUUCACGGGUCUCUUUAACUUGGGCAAGUUUGAUACGCCCUUGAAAUUCGACUACUUUGAGCUGCCCAUCUUCAUGUUACUGGGAGUAACUGGUGGAUUACUUGGAGCCGCCUGGAACUCUCUAAAUACCAAAAUCAAUAAAUUUCGGAAGCGCUUCAUCCCCUGGAAAAUCGGAAAAGUUAUCGAAGCUGUUGUAGUAGCAAUGAUGGGCGUAACUUUGGCUUGUCUGAUGAUCUACUUUAUCAACGAUUGUCGGCCACUGGGCAACGAUCCGACCAACAAUCCUGUACAGCUCUUCUGCGAGGACAACGAAUACAAUGCCGUUGCUGCCCUGUGGUUUCAAACGCCAGAGGCUACAGUCAGAUCCUUGUUCCACGAUCCUCCAGGAUCCCAUAAAAUCCUGACGCUAGCCCUGUUCACAGUUGUGUACUAUGUAUUAUCCUGUGCCACUUUUGGGCUCAAUGUCUCCUUGGGUGUGUUCAUCCCAACUGCUCUGGUCGGCGCAGCAUGGGGUCGUCUUUUAGCCAUGCUUACUUACUAUGCAUUUCCGCAAGCGGAGUUCCUGCAUCCCGGAAAAUAUGCUCUAAUUGGAGCUGCAGCUAACUUGGGUGGAGUGCUUCGGAUGACCAUUAGCUUGUCAGUUAUUUUGAUGGAAACCACUGGCGUGGAGACUUCCUUCUUCUUUCCUCUUAUCAUUGCACUUAUCAGCGCCAAGUGGGUGGGUGACUACUUCAACGAGGGCAUCUAUGAUACACAGAUCCAAGUAAAUCAUGUGCCAAUGCUGACCUGGGAGCCAUUACCACAAUACAAGGGACUGACAGCUCGCGAAAUCCUAAGUAGUCCUGUGGUCUGCAUCAAGCUUCGCGAUUCCGCUCAUUACAUAUACCAGAUGCUCAAGAAAUGCGACCACAACGGAUUUCCCGUGGUCGAUGAUGUGAGCGGGGAUCGUCGAUCGGAGGGUCGCGUUUGUGGCAUCAUCUUGCGCUCGCAACUGAUAGUUAUUUUGCUCAAAUCCUUGUAUGUGGAAAACAAACGGUUCUGGCUGCCAGAAACUUCUAUCCAGACUUUCAGAGACGUCUAUCCACGUUAUCCAUCAAUAAAGAGUGUUCGAAAGCUAGAUAAUAAAAUCAAUUACACUGUGGACUUAUCCAUGUUUAUGAAUCCAUCACCUAUUCGAGUCAAUCCGCACGAUUCGGUGCCUAGGAUUUUUCAGAUUUUCCGCGCUUUGGGAUUACGUCAUUUGUUGGUCAUCAACAAUGAGAAUCGCAUUGCUGGCAUUAUAACGAGGAGGGAUUUUAUUUACAAAUAACUCUGCAUCCAAUGCAAUUUUACGAAUAUUUAUAGAAUGCCAAUAGUGGGGGUCUAAUCAAAUUGAUUCCAAAUAUUUUUAAAUAAAUAUUUUUUAUGAAAUAA